UAAUUCUUAGCAGGAGAGCUUUUCAUUUAUUAAUGUAAUUAAUACGGAAGGGAAAAAAAAAAAAGGAUUGCUGAGAAACGCGGCUCUCUACCCCACCGCCGGGGCGGGGGACGGUGGGGAGGCGGCCGGGUCAGCGGGGGCGCAGUCGCGGCUGCGCGGUCCCGGAGCUUGCAGGAGCGCGGGGGCUGCACCCGCGUAGACGCGCGCUGGCGCCCGGGGCCGAAGCGGGGAGGCGGACGCCGGGCGGGCUGGCGCCGCGGCAGUCGGCGGUCUCCCCACCUCCCCGCUCCGGGCAAAGGCGGCCCCUUCCCCGCUAGCUAGGUGACCUAGAGAUUGCUACUGAGCUCACUCUUGGAGAGGACGCCCGGAAGGUGGGAGACCCGCGUCGGCCAGGGGCGUCUUAAAGCGGAAGAGACAGGUUGGUAUUUUUCCUACGAAGGGUCAGGACUCUUUUCUCUGUCGCACUUUGUUCGAUGUGUUCAACUGGUUACGAUAGGAUUUCAACAGAUGGCAGAGAGAGGUCACGUGGGGGCAGGUUGGGGCCGCCGCGGCGCCUCUCCCCUCCCCUCGGAACCGCGCCUCUCGCCGUCGCUGCACGUCUAUCAUCCUAACCCGACCUCUCAAUUCCCUUUUGCAGCCCCAGAGUCCGCGGCGACCGCGGGGGAAGAGGACCGCGGGGAACGCGCCUCCGCUGGGGGGGGGGGGGUGUGGAGCCACAGGAGUCGGAGCGCGGUCCGCGCGGACGCGGCCCCGGGGGAGCCGCAGAGCCCGGCGGGGAGGCCGUGGAGGAGACGGGGUCGCCGGCUCCAUUGCCCUCGCAGACAUGCACAACGAGACCUUCUCGGAGCCCGCCAACGCGUCGUGCCCGGGGCCCGCGCUGGGCUGCCCCAACGCGUCGAGCCUGCCGCCGCCGCUGCCGCCGCCGCUGGCCGUGGCCGUGCCCGUCGUCUACGCGGUGAUCUGCGCGGUGGGGCUGGCUGGCAACUCCGCAGUGCUGUACGUGCUGCUGCGGGCGCCCCGCACGAAGACCGUCACCAACCUGUUCAUCCUCAACCUGGCCAUCGCCGACGAGCUCUUCACGCUCGUGCUGCCCGUCAACAUCGCCGACUUCCUGCUGCAGCGGUGGCCCUUCGGGGAGCUCAUGUGUAAGCUCAUCGUGGCCAUCGACCAGUACAACACGUUCUCCAGCCUCUACUUCCUCACGGUCAUGAGCGCCGACCGCUACCUGGUGGUGCUGGCCACGGCCGAGUCGCGCCGGGUGGCCGGCCGCACGUACCGCGCGGCGCGCGCCGUGAGCCUGGCCGUGUGGGGGCUCGUGACGCUGGUCGUGCUGCCCUUCGCCGUCUUCGCCCGGCUCGACGACGAGCAGGGCCGGCGCCAGUGCGUGCUGGUCUUCCCGCAGCCCGAGGCCUUCUGGUGGCGGGCGAGCCGCCUCUACACGCUGGUGCUCGGCUUCGCCAUCCCCGUGUCCGCCAUCUGCGUCCUCUACGGCGUCCUGCUGUGCAGGCUGCGCGCCAUGCGGCUGGACAGCCACGCCAAGGCCCUGGACCGCGCGAAGAAGCGGGUGACGCUCUUGGUGGUGGUGAUCCUGGCCGUGUGCCUCCUCUGCUGGACGCCCUACCACCUGAGCACCGUGGUGGCGCUCACCACCGACCUCCCGCAGACGCCGCUCGUCAUCGCGGCCUCCUACUUCAUCACCAGCCUGAGCUACGCCAACAGCUGCCUCAACCCCUUCCUCUACGCCUUCCUGGACGACAGCUUCCGCAGGAGCCUCCGCCAGCUGCUGGCCUGUCGCGCUGCCGCCUGACCCCCGCCCCGCUCCGCUCCGCGCGCGCCCUGCGCCCGGGUCCCGGCCGCGCCAGCCCCGGCGGGUGCGGGGGGGGAGCAGGCGCCCGCGGCGCUCGGAAACUUGCUGGAGACGCCGAUUCCCUGAGGCUCCGGCUCAGACCUCGGGAAUCCGACGCGCUAGGGCUGCGUCCGAAUUUGAAUGGGUGAAGCCCUCCCGAGGAUGCGGGAGCACACUGAGUAUAAGGACUGUUGCGGCCGAGGACGCACGCUCACUUCUCUCUAAUGCCAAAGGACACCGAGUCGACCCCCUGAGUUUGACAGGGGAGGGGAGGGAGGGGGAGGGGAAGGGGGCCGCUAUUGCUGGGAAUCCUCUGCGCCGCCCCCCUCUCUCCUGCCGCCCGAGGCGUUCGCAACCCAGGCUCUAGGUGGAGCCCUCGACUCUAUCCCCGGGAUUCGGGGGUGGCGGUGGGGGUGGCGGGGACGGGGGCUGGAGGACGUCGCGGGCGCCCCCAGGCCUCGGCCCCGCGCUCGCCCUGCACCUUGCUUCUUCGAUUUCCGGCACUGACUGCUCAAGCCCGCGACCAGCCUGGCCAGGACCUCUAUCUAGUCCUUCUUCCCUCGCCCUAAUCGCUGCGGAAGCGGGUCCGGUCUCGUGCGUUCCAUCGCCCACUCCUCCGGGGUGCUAGGGGGCCCGUGGAGCGCGCGGGAGUGUGCGCGCGCGUGUGUGCGUCUGGCGGAGGCGUGGGCUUUGGGUGAAGGAGGCUGGAGCUCGGCUGUGACUACCCACCACGGUGGUAGGAACAGUGAAGGUUCCCCUUUCCUGUUUUAGCUCCUUUUCUCUCUGCCUUUCGCUUUUCCUGCCUCCGCUUUCACUUGAAAAUGCUCCAGGACUCUCAGACUCCGGGGGAGCCCGGCUCGCCCGGCUCGCCAAGGCCGGGAGCCGCGAGUGUCCCAGGCGCGCGGCGGUGGCGCCCCCUUGCGGAGCCAGCUGCUUCGCGCAAAGCGUCCUAAAAUCCGGCUCCGCCUCGGAGCGCGCCUUACACUUCUGGGGUCCCCGUCCUCGCUGCUUUCCACAAAUGGCUUCAGGCCUCCUACGCCCCUUUGCCCCAGGUGACCUCUCCUACAGCUUGGACCGGUUCGUCUCAAUUCCUUGUGCGAGUGUUGUUUUUCAGGACCGAGAACUUCACAAAUAUGUGUGGCCUAAUGUCACAAAACUUCUGUGAGGACCGAAUGAGAUUACAAAGAAAUGUGUUUCCGUUCCUUCGAUCCCGUUCUCCUCGCAUUCUUCAUCCCUUCUGCCCGAGGGAGAGCCAGGAAGCCGAAAUGGCUCAGACCCUCAUCUUUGCCCCGAUUGGAUUCCUUUCCACAGGGAGCUGUCGAUUCCCUAUGGUUUGUUCCUUAGUUCAAGUCAGGUGAACCCGGUAAAUAAUCCGAUUCUGGAAUCACAAGGGAGCCUGACCAGCCCUCUAUCUCUAUUUCUAUCUUUACUAAUGGGAGGCAAGUGGAUUAAGAGAGGGAACUGAGGCUUCGGUUUGCCCAAUCAUAGGCACUUUACGCCUCAGACACGAGGGCAAAGCCUUAACCAGCCUAGAGUCAUUGAUUACAGUGUUUCGAAGGGCAAGUUUUUCUUUGGGAUGGACUCCAAACAGGAAUGAAAAUUUCUAGAAACAUCUGUUUCCUAUAGCGCAGGGUUAGGUGUGAAAGAGAGUGUGAAUGUUCCCGGCGGGUUUUGCUUGCUUAGUUUGGUGGGCGUGAAUCCAUUUCUCGAUUAUUUAGGUACAAAAUACCUUUCAAAAAUACACAGAAGGGAAAAGUCUCCUUUGCGUGGGAGACAGCAAACUCCCUUUCUGAUUUUGGUCAAUGAGAAUUGCUUCCUUCGACCUCAAAGUUAUUCAGAACAGUAAUUCAUAGCUAUCAGUUUUUAAAAAAAUGUAAAUUUAGAAACCUUCUAUCUUGAGUAACCAAUAAUAGUAAAUCUUCCAAAAUACAGCUUUUUUUUUUUUUUAAUGUCUCCAUUACAUUUUCAAUAAUGUACAUUUGAGCAGUCCUCUGCCGGCCGGUGGCCUUCGGAGACCCCUUGAAAUUCAUUGCAGUAUCUUUCAAAUUUCUUGGAAACAUUUUAUUGAUUUCCUUUAUGACUCACAAAAUUCUUUUAUGAAUCUUGAGUGACUUUUGAAAAUUAAAGUUUUAAGCUUAGAGUCACUGCCACGUUAUAUCUCUGGUGAUGGACAAAGAAUCAAGUGGAUAUCUGGCCACAAACACAGCCGGUUGAAUCCUGGGGAUUUGAAACUCCAUCGGUUUUCAUAAACUCUGCAGCUGUACUUUGACAUCCUCUGGACACACAGCGGGGAGAGCUGAGUGACCCAUCUGUCCACUGUAUCAUCCCUACCACGGGUUCGCCUGGGCAGUCUCGGACUCUUGGACGGGGACUGUUGGAAAAGAUGGACUGACAUUGUUGUGUUGGCCACAGCAAGGCCUGGGUUGGGGUCCGUACCUACCAUGGUGUGUGUGGGAUUAAGUAGGACUUUCACCCUGGCUUCCUAAUCCCUGGAUAAACUAUUGUGCCAUCAUUUCUAGGUUGUUGCCUUCAUAUUAGCAUGGAGAAAUCCAAAUCGCUAGUCCACAUUGAGACAAACCCAGUUUAAAAUAAAAGCUGAAACAUUUUCUGUUUGA